AUGGAUCGGAGUUGGAUAAAUUUUUUACGCACAACAAAUGAAUAUGAGAAUGGAGUAGAAGAAUUUCUUGAAUUUGCAAAUAUGAAUGUUCCGGAUAAUAAUGGAAAAUUCUACUGCCCAUGUGUUAAUUGUUUGAAUGAGAGAAAACUACCGACUGACAUUAUUCGGGAGCAUGUUCUUUGUGAUGGUUUCUUAAAGAGCUACACAAAGUGGAUAUGGCAUGGUGAAUUAAUAGACAUGCCAAGUGUAGAUGUGUCUGAAGCAGAAGAAGUUGAUUUAGAGAUGGAUGAUCGAAUGGAGGAAAUGAUUCGUGAUAUUGGACAUGAUUCCUUUCAACGUGCAAAUGUGUAUGACAAUUUGUGCAAUGACGCAGAAAAACCUCUGUACGCAGAAUGCACUAAGUAUACUCGAUUGUCAGCGGUAUUAAAAUUGUUCAAUGUGAAGGCAAGAAAUGGGUGGACUGAUAAAAGCUUCACGGAAUUACUUGAGUUGUUGAGUGACAUGCUUCCUAAAGGUAACACGUUGCCAACACGCAAUUAUGAUGCGAGAAGAUAUUGUGUCCGAUGGGAAGGAGUUAGCCAUGUUACAUCAAUGUCCACGAUGUGGGGUGUCACGAUACAAACAAAAACAUACAAUGCAAAUGAUGCAAAACUCAUGAGAUGGCAUGCAGAUGGACGUAUAACAGAUGGCCAUUUGAGACAUCUAGCAGAUGGUUUGCAAUGGAAGAAAAUUGAUUCCAUGUUCCCAAAUUUCUCCAAUGAUUCAAGGAACAUUAGAUUUGGACUUGCUACAGAUGGAAUGAAUCCAUAUGUGGAUAUAGCACUAAGGGUCACAAAGCAUGCCCUAUAUGUGAAGAAGGCACAUGUCACCAUCAACUACAACAUGGAAGGAAAACAAUAUCUUGGACAUCGAAGAUUUCUUAGUACAAACCAUCCAUAUCGUAAAUUGAAGAAAGCAUUUAAUGGGUGUCAAGAAAAUGAAUUAGCUCCAAUGGUUUUAAGUGGGUCACAAGUAUAUGAGCGUGUGAAAGACAUUGGGGAUGUGUUUGGAAAGAUGAAAAAUAAAGGCACUUCAAGCAACAUAUGGAAGAAAAAGUCAAUUUUCUUUGAUCUCCCAUAUUGGAGGGUGCUUGAUGUGAGACAUUGUAUAGAUGUUAUGCAUGUAGAGAAAAAUGUGUGUGAUAGUAUUAUCGGAACACUCCUCAAUAUUCAAGGCAAGACGAAAGAUGGUCUAAAUGCUCGUUUGGACUUAGUUGAAAUGGGUAUAAGAGAACAAUUAGCUCCACAAUCACAUGGUAAGCGAACAUACUUGCCUCCAGCAUGUCACACAUUGUCUAAACAAGAGAAAGAAGUUUUUGUGAGAUUUUACAAGGUGUGA